ACCCUUAACAAAACAACCAGGACCUAAAGCCAAGCCAUCUUUACGCUUAUAGUAUUUUCCUUCGUGUAUGGCAAUUAAUUUGUGAUCCUUAUUGGCCAAUAAUAUGCUACAAAAAAUGUUCUCUACAAUUUAUUUACAAAGAGUAGUUCAUGUGCUUUUUUCAAAUGCAAACCAUAAAACGCACCAUACAAGACCAUUGACCGUACCGGACUACAACUACCAUUGUUUAAGGAAACAAAAACAAAUAAACCAACCAACCAACCAACAAAAAAAAUCACAUGCAGUUGAAACAAUUAUCCAAAGAUUUUCCAACCAAAGCUAUGAAGAUAAUUUGCUGCGAGGCUUAAAUGUAAAAGUGACACCAAAGUGCCAACAUCGUCGUAUACUCUUACUAAGGGGACUACUAGUGAGUGUAUGUGAAAUAAGGAGACACUUUAUUAUUAACUCUAGUGGACGGCAACAGGAUAACGGUCAUACCAAGAAUGCUACAGAAAUAUCAUCCAAAUCCAUUGUCACAUUUUCUGGCGCUGCAUAAUUCGCAAGCAACGCACCAUAAUGUUGUCGAUGCUCACACCUUAGCCUCAACCAUUGCAAAUGGUCAUGUACAAUUUCAACAACAUCAUCAGCAUCAACAGCAGCAGCAACAUGCCAACCCAGCCUUGUUAGCGAAUCAUCACCCACAGAAUACACACAAUCACACAGUAAUUGAAUUGGCAGCUCAACAUUUGAACUCUCAUAAUUCACCAGCCCAUAUACAAAGAGACCACCACCACCACCAUCAACCUCAUCAUAAUAAUCAGCUACUUCACCAUCAUAGCCAUCGUAAUUCACAAAACCACCAUCAUCAUCAUCAUGCACAGCAAUUAAUUGAAGCGGCGGCGGCAGCAACGGCAAAUACAACCCUUGAUGCUGGCAAAUCUUUUACAAUAGCCGCCAUUUUAGGUUUACAAAAGAGUGCCAUGGAGAAUACAAGAAAGGAAUACACCAACAAUGUUAUUAACCUAUCAUUAAAUUGUGCCAGCCACCACCAACACCAACACCACCCCGACAACAACAACAGUACACAACAACCACCCACCAACAGCACACCACUCUCCGAUGUUGACGAUGAGCAGCAACCUCAUGAACAACCCCAUCAAGUACAACGCGAUUCUCUUAACUCUAGUAAUAACAAUAAUAACAACAACAAUAGAGAUGUUAGUAACAUGAAUGCGAACAAGUCGAAUAUUUGCAAUAGUUUCAAUUCCACUAACAGCAACAACAGCCACAUUAACAUUAACACCACCGUCAACAAUUCUGUAAAUAGUUUCAAUUGUGAUAAUACUAAUGCAACAGCAGUAACUGCUGCCAGCGUUUUAAUGAAUCGUUAUUUACCGUCGGCCAUGGCAAAUGUGUCUGGCACGAAUGUGGUGGUCUCAACACCUUCAUUAGUCUCGUUUGCCUCCAGUCCCGUCAUGACCCAUCAACAGCAUGCUCGAGCAAAUAGUUUUGUUGCUGCUGCGGCAGCUGCUGCAGCCGCCGCUGCAGCUGCCAAUGGUGCACCCUCGGCGCUGCAAAGUCUACAACAAUUGCAUCAGCAACAUGCCCAUCAGACGAGUUUGAGUUUUCAAAGGGAUAAACUAAAGUCAGAUCACAAUGGCAAAAAGUCCUCACUCAAGAACAAACGUGUACGUACCAUUUUCACACCCGAACAAUUGGAAAGACUUGAAGCCGAAUUUGAACGUCAACAGUAUAUGGUGGGGCCAGAACGUCUCUAUCUGGCGCACACACUGCAACUAACAGAGGCCCAGGUGAAAGUCUGGUUCCAAAAUAGACGCAUCAAAUGGCGAAAACAUCAUUUGGAAAUAACCCAACAACGUUUGGCACUGCUAAGGCAAACACAAAUAACCACCAAUCCAAAUGGAACAACUACUGAAACAGACACCAUUAAUAUCGAUACAAAUGACGAUGAAUGUGACGAUAUAAAGCGAGAAGAAUUAAGGGAAUUAAGCGAAAGUCGACAAGAUACCGAAUCAGAGCUUUCAAUUUGCAAUGAUUCAAUGGAUGCUGAAAGUAUUUUAGAGGGAGAUGAUGAAACAUAAGAAUAAGUUUUGUUGUUUUCUAUUAAACUUAAGUUGUAAAUAGCAUGGUUUAAAUUAAGUUAAUUUAAUUAAUAAAAUGUAAAUAUAUUGUGAAGAAAAUAUGAAAUAAAAUUAAAAAAGCGUUAAAAUAA